AUGUCUAUGAAUAACAAUGCGAUACAAGUAUCGACUGUUAAUAAUACAAAUUAUUCACAAGAUAUUCGUAAUUUAACUCAUCCAUGGGGUGUAAAUCCAGUCACACAUCUUGAACAAGUACGUCAACAAUCACGUAUUAAUAAGCUAGUUAAAAUACAAGAAUCUCUAACUAAUUUGACUCAAUCAUCAUCGAAUAAAGAAGAACAACAAGAAAAUAUUCAAGAAAUUACAACUAUAUCAGAGAAUUUAAAAUCUAUACGUUCGAUAUUAUUAACAUUAAAUGAAUUUGAUAUUGAAGUUGCGACACAAUAUGGCAAAGAAAUUAUGAUGAUUACAACUAAUUUACUUUCUCAUAUUGUUAAACAAAUAGGUCAAACAAAUAUUCAAACACGAACAUUAGAAUCAAUUAUUGCAUAUAUACGUAAUUUAAUGCAUACGAGAUCAGCACAUAUGCGACAAACAAUACCAGGAUCAUUAUUAAUUGCUUGGUAUGAAUUAUCGAAUUUAAUGUCAUCUUUACAAAAAGAACCGGAAUUAAAAAUAACUAAUAAAAAAGCAUUACAAUUAUUAGAUAUUGCUCAUAAUACAGCUGCAUGGGCUUAUAAACAUUUAACUACUACACGAUCAGAUGAUGAACAAAUAGGUUUUAUUGAUCGAAAUAGUAUACCUUAUACUUAUGAAUAA